GAUGUUGACAGUUCGUUUCCCCGUGGUUGUGAUAUGUGUAAAAAAUGUCGAAGUAAACAGUGUAUUUUAAAAUUAAAUUUUACGUUUAACCCCCAAAUCCCACUGUUUGAAUUUCAUUCCACAAACGAAAAAUGGCAACCCAAGAAAAGCUACUCAAGUCUUUGGAAAUCCUGAAAAAUUUAUCAGCUCCUAACCAAACAUUUGAUGCGUCAAAAAAAAAGGAUAAAAUCCAGCACUGUCACAUUGUCACUGAGGCAAUCUCAAACUCCACGAUCAAAAUCGCCCCCAAUUUCCACACUUACCUGAGUAUAACGAUAGAAGUGCUGUUGCAACUAUGUGACGAUCAAGAGUCAGACGUGCGUAUGACCGCAGGAGACUGCCUAAACAGGAUCAUCAGGGCUAUGAAUGACGGUAAUAUUGGAAAAGUACAAAUUGAGUUACACAAAGGAAUAAAACGAAACGGCCCCGCGCGAACAUUACGGGCCGCAUUAAAACGUUUUUCGCAGUUAGCGCAUUUAAUACGGCCCCAUAAAGGCAAACCAUACGUAGUAAACCUAUACCCAACUUUAAUUAAAGUGGCUGAACGCCCAGAAGAACAAAUCCAUGAAACUCUGGCUAAUAGUUUGUCCCCUAUAAUGACAGUUUUAGGGUGCUUUUCAACCGAAAUUGAAAUAAAAGGAUUGUUGAAAGGGUUUUUGAAAAAUAUUUCAAGUCCGUCGGCGGUUAUUAGAAGGUCUGCCACCAGUUGCGUUAUGCAUGUUUGUUUGAACUGUAAAAAACCAAGAGUGUUUAUAAUGUACGUCAUGAAUCAUCUUUUAGAUUUAUUGAUUCCUAUUAAUGAAAAUCAAAGUACGCAUUUAAUUCUGGGUGUUAUGACUUGUUUGAAAAAUAUAUUGACACAUUUGAGUGAUGAUAAAGCGGACGAGGGUAACAAGGGAGAUUCUCUGAUAACAGUAGAUAAACUAUUACAGGUUUAUGAACUCUGUUUGUAUUAUUUUUCAAGCAAAGACCACAACGUUAUUAACGCAGCCCUAGAAACCGCAAACACUCUAUUCUUAAAUUGUCCACUUGACUUAAAACAGGUUCUAGUAGGUGAUAGCGGACUCGACAAAAGUCGGAUUAAUUUACCCACGUCGUUUUCGACUUCGGCACUUCGCUCCCCCAGUCAGCUUAGCGUGGCCACUAGUGGCGCAACGGAAGACUUAUUCGUUGAGUCAGAAUUAACUGACACCCUGAGAUCGGAUAUAGAGAAGUGGAUCGACGAAUCAAAAUUGUCAGUAAUGAACGUCACGUGUGCCAAAAAUAACGACCUUGAAAAGUCGCUUUCGACCGACAGCAAAAGCUCCGAUAUCCCGUUGACACAGUACGAAAGUUUUGAGUUUAAAGUGUCCGAGUACGUUCCUUCGAAAACGCAUAGUAUCGGAGAUAAUUUAGAGCGACUGACGUUGAGCGACGAUUCGUCUGACAAGAGUUUUUCCUACAAUGAAGAAGAGAAACAGUCCGAACCCACGCAAUUUCAAAAUAUUUCAAUUGGCAGUUUUUUAGAUUCUGAUGUUUCACUAGUGUAUUGCGCCAGAUUGUUGUGUAAACUAUUUCUCUUGUCAGGCCAGACGGGGUCGUACAUUUCCGAUAAAUCCGUCAGAGUUUCUGUGAAAUCCCUAGCCCUGUCAAGCUUAUCAUCCAUCGUUAAAAUUUACCCCAAAGUGCUGAUGCUGUAUUUGGAUAAAAAUUGUACUAAGUCGCUUCCGAAGAACGUCUGUCAUCAACCAAUCGCAGACGUGGUGCUUUUUGAGGAUCAUGCAGACCCUCAACUACGGGGUAUUUUAAGGACUCUGUUGAUCAAUUUUAUUGGGGCUGUUUUAAGCGAAGAUGAGUCCACUUUCACGGAAUGGGUUAAGGAAAAUUGCUGUGAUGACAAUACAGCUCGAUUUCAGUUGGACUAUUUGGUGAAAAUAAUAAUCAAAGGUUUGGAGGAUGAGUCGUCCAACUGCUCCAAACAAACCAUAAUGAGUUUGAACUCUUGCCUAGAAAAAUUUAUAGAGUCGCCAAGUAAUACUCAUAUUUUGCCUAUUUUACACGUGUUGCCAGAUUUAGCCACAAAUCCAUACUGGCUAGUCAAAGUCGCUUUUUCCGAACUGGUGUCUAAACUUCCAUACGUUACCAUUUACGAUGUUAGUGGUUGUAGCGAUUUCCAGAAUAGAAUAGUCAACGAUGUGUUGUUCAAUUUGUUGCAAAAUGAAGACGCGAGGGUGCGAAGUGGGGCGGCAAAUGCGAUUGUGUCGAUAAUACCACACUUGUAUUACGAACAAUUCCAUUUGAAAGAAAAUUCGGUGACAACUAAGGCCAUCUACUAUAAAAAAUUGUAUCUGUCGAAUUUGUGCGACCACAGUGAGGGAAUUAAUCUCAACAAGAAACACCUUGUUGACAACAUGCCUUUUCCAUUUAGCGAGAUAGAGCAAAAGAGCUGUGAUAAAAUUGAAUUUGCUUUAUCAAAAAUUGUUACUAAAUUGUAUCAUUGUUUACUAACUGCAACAUCGAAUUAUUUGAUUUACGGCUGUAUUGAAACACUGUCACUAUUGUCUACCGCAUACCCCACUACUGUCUACGCACGAUCGUGGAACUGUUGCAAACUGCCAACUUCCACAGAAAAAGACAAAGAAAACUCAGAAGUCACUCUAGACUUGUUUAAUAUCUGUGUGCACCUUUUGAGUCAUUCCGUUCUAAGUUACGAUUUAACGUGCCACCUUAAUUUGAUGAAUCUGUCUUCCAAUUUGUAUGCUGGGUACUCCCUUUGUUUAUUGAAACCUAUAUCUGAAGCUGAAAUGUCAAACAAACCCUGGGACAUGUUCUCCAACCCGAAAUUCUCCAAACUCACCGAACACUACUUAAGUCACAUGAUAAAACUACUCAACAUUUUGCACUACGUGCUCGAAGACGUCAUUCCAAGCCAGCUGCAAUCCAAACCCGUCUUGUCUAACCUAUCGGCGUCGUCUCCAAUCAAACGACGCAAAAGCGACUUAGAUAAAAAGGUACUAAGUCCUAGUAAAACCCCGGAAAAAGAAGACAAAGAAAAGAAAGAUAGUUUGAAGCCGAAUACGAUCGGGAGUUUCGUGCAUCUGCCGCACUAUAUUAAAAUUUACGACAUAAUGCGGCAAGCCUACACCAACUACAAAGUUACACUAGAGUCGGAAUCGUGUGAGAAGUUUCUGGGUUUAUUACGCCAAAUACUUCACUCGUUUUCGGUUUUAAUGGAAGUGGGGACGUUAGUCGAGUUUCAGGGGAUAGCAGAGGAAAUUUUGAGUUAUUUUCGGUUCACGUUUGCUUUGGAAGCGUCAGCGACGGUCGAGUGCGUGCAGCAACUACUUAAGUGUUUGUUUGGUAAUAAUUUAACCAGUAAUAUUGGCGAGGUGAAACUAAAUUGCGGGCACGAGAGCCCCGUGGAGGGACACUUUCACGGUUUUUAUUAUAACGUGUUUCAAAAAUCGUACGACGAUGUAGCUAGUUGUUUCAACUCGUUUAAAAAUAUACAUAAAGUUGAGUGCGACGGCGACUACACUGUGAUGGGGUAUUUACACAGGAAGGACGUCAAGCCUUUAAUAUCGCGCAGCUCUGAUAAAAUUUUAGCCAAUUAUAUCCGGAUUUUCGAACCCAUGGUGAUUAAGUCGUUGAAACACUACACUGUUACGAGUGACGUACGACUUCAGUGUAAAGUCCUGCAACUACUCAACCAACUAAUCCAACUCAGAGUGAACUAUUGUCUUCUCGAUUCUGAGCAGAUUUUCAUCGGUUUCGUGCUAAAGCAGUUCGACUAUAUCGAAAAAGGACAAAUUUCGUCGGCGAACGAAUUAAUUAAAAAAAUCUUUCAGUUUUUAGUACAACUUUCUCAUAGCAAACAACACUCUAAAAGUAUUAUUACAAUACCGAAAAUAAUUCACUUGUGUGACGGGUUAAUGGCGAGCGAACAGUCGCCUUUGACUCACUGCAUCCCGGCACUGGAACCCAUCGUCGAAAAUAUUUUUCUAACGCGAAACAAAUCGAACACCGUGGACGCCAAAGAACUAGAAACCACGAGAGACGUGGUGCUUUCGAUGUUACUCCGACUGUACGAACACCACGAAGUCAUAGACUUAAUAGUGUUGAUUUUGGACGACAGUAAGUAUUGUAACAACUCGGAGAAGUGGUUAAGGUGGUCAACACAAGUCGUCGACGUCGUUCUACCAAUGUUGCGCCAAAACAAAAUCAGACUGGACGACAUCCAAUCCCUGAUUUCGCUAAGAAAGUUGCUGUUUGUUUUGGAACCGUCGGUUUUCGAUCCCGUGGAUGCCGUCAUACUGAUGGUUUUUCAGGAGUCGUUGAAUUAUGAAAACUGGCGCCCGAGUUUCACUCGCCGACUAGCCAAAGUUUUAAUCGCCGUUUUAGUCAUAUCGCCACUAAAAGAAGAAAUACUCAUAUCAAAAAUUAACGAACUGAAAGCCGACUUUGCGCCAGGGUGCGUCUUCGAGAAAUACGUACCAAAAGCGGACCCGUUAAAUGUGUUAAAUAGCGUCGAUAUUUUUCACGAUAUUCCGGCAGAGAUGAUUUUCGUGCGUUACUUGUUUAAAAUUCUUGGAUUGGCGUCCAGGAGAUGUUCUGAAAAACCCGGAGACGAUUUUUUAGUAGAAGAAGUGUCAAUUUUACUCAUGUAUUGUGUCCAUAUUUUCCAAUCAGGUAGUCAUUGUAAAAUUGCCGUGUAUGCCAUUUCCAACACCAAAGCGUUCCACCUAGACGAAAUCAGUAACAAUUUUUUGAAAGUGGCAACCGAGUAUCCCGUUUUGAUUUUCCUGUGGUGCUACGUUUUGACUUUGUUGAAUUACAACGACCACGGGUUUUGGUCGGAAGUGACUACUUUGGAGUCAGCGGCGAUGAAUCGGAAGAUUUUGUCCACAGGGAGUGUGAUUUUGUUCUGCGACUAUUUGAAUCAGGAUACGUUUAAAAUCGAACAGUUGUCGUGGUUUUUGCACAGCCACGUUGUUCGAAUCGUGGAACUGCGUGAUGAAGACCCAAUUUCGGAGUUUAUUUCGUCAAUACAUCGCAACAGUAGCGCUAGUAAAAUCUUCAUAGAUAGUUUGAUGGGUCAGGAUAUCGCAUUGUGUGAUCCUGUGUUCAUCCUGAAAAUUUUAAAAUCGGUGGAAAACACCCAUCCCAGUCACACGGGUCAUUUGUUGAAACUUUUACUACCAAAGUUGUUGUUGUCGCGUGAACGUGCGGUGUCUAGAUCUGUAGCUAACUUAGCAAGUCGGAAAAUCGAGCUACUUCUAACUAUGUCGAUGACCGAAGUAAACGAGCAGUUAGUCAAGGAAGACUUACUCGGAAUGAUUAAAAAAAUGGUUACUUUGAAGCUUAUUAAAAAACACGAAGCUUUGUCCAGUCUUUUAAAUAAGCUGUGUACGCAGUACUACGAUAUCAGUCCGUUGGAGUUCGACCAAAAACGCUGCGUCAAUCCUGGCUACAUAAAGAAACUCCAAAUUAACAAAACUUGGUUUUUGUCACAGCUUAGAAAAAAGUGUACCAAUAAAGAAACAGUGCAGCUUUUAAGUCGCUUAAGUUAUGAAGAACUAAUCAGUUUUUUGAAAAGUGGGGAUUUCUGUAAAGUUCUUUUUAAAGAGUGUCUCCGAUUGGGGUUGAACUCAGUCGGGACAAGCGAGUCACCCUUAAUUCGAGCGUCCGUCGAAUGUUUACUCGAUGAAGUUAAGAAGAUUUGUGACCGAAUUCCGCAGCCACAUCAGGUCUACAAUGUCCAAGGACGAGACGCGUCCACUUCGGAAGUCGAAUUUUCGUCAAAGUUGUCAGCGCUCUUCCACGACUCCACCUUCACCGACUUACUUUACGAAAUCAUCCCCUCGAUAAGUUUCUUUGUCGAAUCCCUACCUCACCUACCUCAACUUUCUGACAACAAUUCCGAAACUGUCGUUAAGUUUGGUGUAAUUUGUUUAGAAUCAAUAAACUACUUGAUCAGUAACGAUACAAAUUUUAAUAUAAAUUAUAUCGAUUUGGCUAUACAUUGUGCGGAGGUCGUACUUAAAGAAAAAACUUUAUGUAGUAUACUGAGCCUGAAUACUCACAUAUCAUGGUUGUGUUCCGCCGUUAAUAGUCUAUACAAGUUAGUAGAGUAUCUGUUACCUAGUAAAAAGUGUCUGCCCGUGAUUCCCAAGUACGGGCUACAAACGUCGCUAGAAAAUAUCGAAACGGUCUCGGUAGGUGAAACUUGUUACCAACUUUAUAUUUUAGUAACGUGGUUGUAUAAAAGUCAAGGUUCACGCUUAACUAUUCCAAAGUUUAUUUUUAAACCGAUCAAAAACACGAUUAUAUCGUUAUCCAGACUGCCUCUAGUCAACUCCUACAUUGUCAUACCGGCGCAAGUUUGGAAAAGCGGCUGGUCGCCGGAAUUGGUGGGUCCUUUCCAUACCCAAGUCCCUCCACUACCAAUUGAUUUCCUCCAAGAAGUCGACAUUCUAGAAGAAUUCAUCUAUCGAAUCACGUUACUGGGGUGGACAUCCAGACAACAAUUCGAAGAAACCUGGAUGUGCUUACUCAGCGUUUUGUGUAACAAUUUCGACGAUAAAGACGCCCUAAUGUUACAAUACGUGAUUCACGCAUCCAGUUUAGCGGUUAAAGCCAUAACUGCACUCUUAGUACAGACGUUGUACUUUCCAGUACCCGGUCAAACCAACGUGUCGCAGCUGAUUCAUGUGUCCAGAUCCGAGCCGGCCACGCCAGCUUCCAUUGGAGUUGAGAAACUGAAGAGGAUACAACACGCGAUUGAGACGAAACAUUUAGAAGAAAACUACCUACCGAAGGUUUUGAAUAUUUUCAAACACCCGAAUUUGGAGAAGCGGUUUCAGCACUAUUCGUAUAGUCAGAUGUCGGUUAAAUAUUUACUGGUGGCGACUAAAACGGUCGAAAUUGAAGAUAAUUGUCAGACGGCGAAGAUUUGGGAGCAUAAAGAAAGCUUGCUGGAGAGUAGUGGUUUGGAUAUUAAUUCGUGUUUGCAGUUUUUGCUGGAUUAUUACACGCAGUUGCUGAAAAAUCAGCUCACAACACCGGUGAGAUUCCUUCACGAAAUAGUCAGAUCGACUGUGAUCAUCUCCGAUCUGUUCACCGACAAGUCCCAGUUCAAUUGGAUGUUGGAGGUGUUUUUAGAACUGUCAAAAGUGCACACUGUUGAGGACGAAUUGUUGCACCAGUAUUUGAUCAUUGGAAUUUGUAAGGCUGUGGCUGUGUUAACACCGGAUUUGGAAAUUUACGAAAACAUCAAAAAAACUUUGGUGCAAUACUUAAAAAGUUCGUUUCUCCCGUCGAGAAUGGCGUGUUUGCACGGAUUACUCUACAUUUUGGAAGGGUGUAAGUUGAGCAAUAUUAGUAUCGGUGGAAUUUCGGAAGAAAUGCAGAUAAUUUUGCCAUGCGCGGUGGAAUAUGUGCAGUGUAACUUGAACACAAACAACGAGAUAUUAAAACGGUCACAAGAACACACUGUGUUAGUAUGGACUUUGGCGUUUUUUCUCAUCGAAAACGUCGACGAAAUCCACCUGGAAUCCACCUUCGUUAACAACACAAUGCACACAGCUUUCAUGGUUUUGCUCCAACAAAAACCCACCAAUACGUUACAAACCGUGUUAAUGAAGGCGCUUGAAAGAUUGGUCAUUUUUAAGAAAAAUAUCACCCAAAACACUGGCAAACAAAUAAUGACUUUGGCAAUGGAGAAGACUAAAAGCGAAAAUCCGUAUGUUUCGAUGCUCGGGAUUCAGUUGCUUCUCACUUAUAUGUAUACAGAUUGUUCAGAACACCUCAAAGCCGUCGGUUCGCAAACCAACCCAGACCAUUUAGUACAAACCAUUGAAAAAAUAUCAGCCAUUUUCGAGCACAUUAAGCGCGGUUAUGUUUUCGAGGUUGAAAUUUUGUGUCACGUGUUACCUGAUAUUUUGAACGACUUUUUCUCACCGGCUGAUAUUCUGACUAAAGUGAUAGGGGAGUUUUUGUCGCCGCAGCAACCACACCCCAAAUUGCUAAGUAAAGUCGUUUUUAGGGUUUUCGAAAGAGCGAUUGAAGAGAAACAGCUGCCUUUGCUCCAAGAUUGGGUGGUUUUUAGUCUUUCCAAUUUCACGCAGUCGUUGUCUGUGGGGAUGGCCACGUGGUGUCUGACGUGUUUCUUCAUUAGUGCGAGCUCCAAUGAGUGGUUGCGGCUAUUUUUUCCGUAUGUACAGAUACGUGUGGGGCGGUAUGAGUAUGAAGACAGGAAAAUGCUGUGUAUAGCGGGGUCCGAUUUCUAUAAGAAUCUAACGAACGAGAAGCAAAAGGAGACGUUCAUUGAGAAUUUUAAUAAAAUCAAAGAUCAACCCGACACGCUCUUUAGUGAUUUGUUAUCUUCUUUGUAAAUGUUGUAAAUAACAGUUUAUAUUAAAAUUGCUAAUCUUAAGAAAAAUAAAGACUCUAACAUG